AUGACCAUCGACAAGCCGCACGUCGUUGUUGUCGGUGCCGGCAUCGUCGGCGCCUCCAUCGCCUGGCACCUGGCGGCCCGGCACGGCCAGACCGUCACGGUCACGGUGGUGGCGCCCGACAUGGACCGCGGCGGCACGGCCACGCCCAACUCGUUUGCCUGGCUCAACGCCAACUUCGACAACGCCCGGCCCUACUUUGACGUCCGCCACCGCUCCAUGGCGCACUGGAAAGACCUCAUCAGCGCCGUGCCCGGCCUCGCCGAACUGGCCCGCUGGAACGGCACCGUCCAGUGGCAGCAGGACGAGGCGGACCUCGCGCGCUGCAUCGAGCAGCACGCGCGCUGGGGCUACCCGGCGGCGCGCAUCACCAACGCCGAGGUCCUGCGCCGCGAGCCGUGGCUGGCCGACGCCGGCCUGCCCGCCUGGGGCUGGGCGGCCGCGCUGCCGGGCGAGGGCAGCAUGGAGCCGGCGCGGGCGGCGCGGGCGAUGGUGGCCGACGCGCGGGCCCACGGCGCCGCGGUGCGCGAGGCGACCGUGGAGCGCUUGUUGCUCGAGGGCGACAGGGUUGUCGGCGUCGUGCUCCCGUCGGGCCACGGCUCCAUCGAGGGACCGCAUAUGCGCCAGACCGUCGAGGGCCGCGUCAUUGCCGGCCGCCACUACUCGGGCGACAGCCCCACCGCGGACCCAGACGCCGAGGCCCACGUCUUUUUCAGCAACGUGCAGGCCAUGUUCCGCUCCGAGCUCGACGGCGUGCCCUGCCCGCCCCUGGAACUCGACUUUUACACCGUCGGCCACCGGCCCGACCCCGACGACGGCCUGUCCAUUCUGGGGGACAGCGGGACGCCGGGACUGACGCUGGCCGUGAUGCACUCGGGCGUCACGCUGGCCGCCUUUGUCGGCCAGACCCUGGCCGAUUUGGUGGCCACGGGCACAAGGGACAAGGCGUCGGAGCAGUUUUCGCUGUCACGCUUCAAGGUGUAG